AUGGAGAAAUUUCGUCAAUUUAAUUUAAAUUAUUGCGAUUUAAAUACAAUGCUGGAAAAUCUGGAUUUUCUUUUAAGAAUCUCUAAUGUUAAAAUUAAUAAGAACAAUGAUCAACCUAUAGACAAAAUAUUUAUAAUUAUAUGGUUCCUGGGCAUUAUUUGCUACUACUACGCGUAUGUUGUCUCAUUGGUUUGGUUUGUCGUGGUCAAGUAUCCGGUGACAGGGGAUUUUAACACCCCAUGCAUAUUGUUCUCAAUAUUGGCGUGCAGCCAUCUCUCAUUCGUCACCAUGUUUCACAUCAUGAUUUAUAAGGAAAAGCUUCAAAACCUCAUACAAAGGUGUCUAGACUUCAACAAAAUAGUAAAGCCCGGGACAAUGUUUUCGAAAAACCUUCACGAUCAGCUAAGGUACAUAAAGAAACGUGCAUCAAUUGUUUGGGUCGCUAUGUUCAUGAACGCAGUAUUUUACGCGGUACUCCCAUUGGCCAUUCCGGGGCGACAUCUACCAGAGGACAAACAAGUAAUAUAUGGUCUGGAUCCAAUCUUCGAAUCACCAAAUUACGAAAUUGCAUUCGUUAUACUGAGCUUUGGAAUUUAUAUUUGUGGACUUUUCUUUGCGAAUGUCACAGCCCUCACUUUGGUGAUACUCGGCUACGUCGAGGCUCAAUUGUUAGCUCUCACUACAGAGCUACAAAACUUGUGGGAAUACGCCGAAAUAUUUUACGAAACACACACUUUGACCAACCAAAAUCACAGCACAAAGAAUAAAAUCAAGAACAUUUUUAUCAACGAAUGCUUGAAGGAAAUCGCGCUUUUUCAUAUACUAAACAUAAACAUUAUAAGAAACUUCGAGGAUAUAUUUCGGGGCACAAAAGCUGUUGCACUUAUAUCCACAAUAUUGGCAAUUAUAAGUGAAUUAUUGGGAGGAAUCGAAACCACAUAUCUACAAAUAACAUACACGCUUGUAGUGGUAUUUACGGAAACAUACGCGGGCCAAAAACUUAUCGAUGCCUCGAUUAUAUUCGAAAAAGGCGUUUAUAGUUGCAAUUGGGAAAAUUUCGAUUCAAACAACAUGAAAAUUAUUGCGACAAUUCUGCCGAGCGCUCAGAAAACGUUGAAUAUUACUGCUGGUGGAGUGACGGUCCUAGAUUACUGUUGCUUUUUGUCUGUUAUAAAAUUUAGUUAUUCCGUGUAUAAUACACUACGUUUGCAGGUUUGAAAUAUCUAUUUACUAGAAACGUCGCUUAUUAAUUAACACGAGGUGUCUCGUACGCUGGGGCCCAAGGCUGUAUAUUUUUCACACUUUCGCUGUUUUUUUUAGUUUUUUACCUAAACUAUCGGAGUUACGCCCAGAGGAGGUAUAAC